UUGCGGCUCAAGCGUUUAAUGAGACGGCACAUAGUUCGGAUGCCAUUUGUUAUUUCUGUUCAGGUAAAUAAAUAAAUGAACACGUUUUAAAACAACUAUCACAUUUCUUAAAGAUAUAUAGAAUGUCAUCCCUGGAAUCAUUCAAUGCUUCAGAAGUGUCAGCAGUAGGUGGAGCUCUUCAGUCUGAUGCCAAAAAUUAUGAAAACAAGCAAGAUGUAGAAUUUCAGUGGGCAAUCAAAGCAUAUCAUCACGCUGAAACAUAUUUUAAUUUAAUAUCAUCGGUAGAGACGAGAUAUUUAAAGCUGACACAGCUUGAUGAUGAGAUCUACACUUUAUUUAGACAAGAGUUUCCAGACUUUAAUGUAGAAAAUCUGGAUGUUGAUGGUAUGAAAACACCAGCUUCAAAAGAAAAAUGGCGAGGAUUUUGCAAUAAAUUUGAAAAUCGUGUAGAAGACUUCAACAUGGGAACAUUGAUACGAAUCAACAGCAGAGAAGAAUUUUCAGAGAGUAAUUCUACUUUAGUGGUCAGAAUACAGUUUCUUGCGAUUGAAAUUGCUCGCAACAGAGAGGGGUUUAAUGAUGGACUCAACAAAAAGAAGAAAGAAACUUCAUGACAUAGGUUGAGAUAAUUAGGAAGUUAUAAAAACAUUUUUGUUAACUGAAGAGAAGAAUUCUGAAUUUCUCAACCAGAACUAGAAAAUUGCUGUUGCAUCAACACUAAGUUACUGAGAUUCUGUCUUUUCUUUAAACAAGUGAUAUUUUUACUGAUUAUUGAUAAAAAAGUUCAAAUGUAUAAAGUUUUUAUGAUGGACUGAUGUUCUGAAGCCAAGAACACAUUUUAAUGGGUUUUUUUUGCAUUUGACACGCAUUUGAGAAAAGUGCUUAAAAUGUGUAUGUAUAACUUUGUUACUAUCAGUUGUCUGAUUCUACAGGCACUACAUGUAUGUUAUUCUCAUAAACAUGUGGUCAGAUCUACAACACAUGUUUUUAUCAUCCUCUCAAAACAGACUUCAAACAGAAAAUGAAUUAUUUUUUUUUACACAAAACUUUCCACCUCUUUCAUUGAGUCAGUUUUAUGUAGACACUAUUUUACUGUUAUAUCUGGAUAUAUAACCUGAACUUUCCCAUCCUUUUAAAUAUGAAAGUACAUUAAGUGAAAUAACUACAUUUAUACCAGAGAUGUAGAUAACAGAUAAGCAACUCCUAUGUACUCUAUUUAAAUAUCCCACAUGCCUAUCAAAAGUGAAAAAAUUAGGCAUGUUGUAGCAAUUAAAACUUAAAGGCUGUAGAAUGAUGUGAUUCUUGUAUAGUAUACAACACUUGAAAGUUAAAACUUUUAUCUAUGUCUCUGCUAAUACUAGACUAUAUAUGUAUGUUGACCAAGAUGAUGACCCAUGUAGUAAGACUUAGUGUUACAAUGUAUGUGGACUUAAAAAGUAGGCAAUGCAAUUUAGUAAAAUAUGCACUUUAAACUAAUCAAAGUAUGCACUUUGUGACAUGGAUAAGAGACCACUAGUAUUGUUAAGAAAGCCAUUCACAGUCUGUUCAGAUUUAAUUAGAACACAAUAUUUAUGACAGCCACUUUAGAGGUUAUUCUUUUUGGAAUAAGUAUGCAUUUAUUUUUUGGAGUGAUUAAUGUUUAUGUCAAAAAUAUCUAAGCUGAGCCAUGACAAAACAAACACGUUUGCGACCAGCAUGGAUCCAGACCAGGCUUGGCAUCGGCGAAGUCUGAUCAGGAUCCAUGCUGUUUGCCUACAAACCUUAUUGGAGUAAGAGAAACUUCUUAUUGGAUCUAUCUGACUACAGGGAAAUCUGUAGAACCAUUAUCCUAUAAUAACUCAGUAUGCCAAUUAAGAUUAUCAUAAUUAUGUAACAUGCAAUGUUAGAAUUUUACAAAAACUAAGUGAACACAUUGUGUUCUUUAAAAGUGGACAAAAGUAAUGGCAGUGCCUACUUUAAUAUAAGUUUUUUUUCUCUUUGUAAUCUGAUGAUUUUACAAAAAAUUGCUAUUAAAUGUAUAUAUUAAAUAGAAA